CCACCACAGUUCCACAAAAAGGAAAAGAUAAUAAUUUCAGAGCUCUUUCUCACACCAGUCAUCUUCCAUCUGCCGCCCGCGCUAUCCAGUCCCACGGCGCACAUGGCAAGCACCUACCUCUCAAGCUUCCAGGCCGCCGCCGCCGCCACUAGCGGCGGCGCUUCAACGAGGCCGAGACCAAGGCCAAGGCCAAGAGUGGUGACAUGCCACACCUCCGAGCCAUCGGGCAGGCGAUCAGCCUGCCUCAGUCUAGGCCUCGGCCUUGCCACCGCCGCUGUGCUCCACACGACACCCGCCCGCGCCACCGCUGACGGCGACGAGGAGCCGGAGCCGGCCAAUAACGGCUGGUGGCUCACCGAGUUCCCCCUGCCGGUGCCCAAGAUCCGCAACAAGGAGAUCAACAAUGGCGAGACAGGGACGCGAUCCUUCGUGAAGAACGGCAUCUACAUGGCGGACAUCGGGCCGAGCUUCGCGGCGCACGCCUACCGGGUGCGCAGCUCUGCCUUCGACCUGCUGGCGCUGGAGGACCUGCUCGGCAAAGAGGCCUCCAACUAUGUCAACAAGUACCUCCGCCUCAAGGCCACCUUCAUAUACUACGACUUCGACAAGCUCAUCACCGCCGCAGACCCCGACGCCAAGCCACCGCUUCUUGACCUCGCCAACCGGCUCUUCGACAGCUUCGAGAAGUUGCAGGCCGCCGUCACCACCAAGGAUGACACCGACAUAGGAUCCUGCUAUGCUGACACAAAGCUCAUACUGCAGGAGGUCAUGACAAGAAUGGCAUAGCCAGGACCCAGGAGAAACAGUUCUUUCACGAACUGAAACUCCAUCCAGGAUAGCCUCAGUUAUACCAUUGUGCGUGAUGUAAUGUACAUGUACAUUUGGUGAUACUGAUAAAUUGGUAAGAGAUACCACACAAGCAGGUCAGUGGAAUACUUCUUCCCAGCAA